AUGUAUUUUUCAGAUAUAUCUAGUAAAAAACUAUUUAUUUUUUUUAUAUUAAUAUUUAUACUCGUUAUAUAUUUAUUAUUCACAUAUUUAAUAUCUGACUAUUUAAAAUUUGAACCUCAAUUCGAUACAAAUUUAAUUAAUUCAAAUGAUUUGGACAUUUUAAAUCUCUCUAAUUCUGAUUGCACUAAUAAUGAAAUUAAUAAUGAACGUUACUUGGCUUAUCUUCCACAUGGUUCUUUUCAUGAGCAACGUAUUAGUUUGGAAAAUGCUAUAUUUUUAUCUUGGGUAACAAAUCGUACAUUAUUAAUUCCUUCAAUAAUAUUUGGUCAACAAUUAUUAUCUUAUGAUUCAUUUAAAAAUUUAUCUGAAAUAUUGAUAAAUUUAAAGAAUUAUAAUGAAACAAAUAUUAAAUGUGAAUGGGAUUCUAAACAUAAUCUAUGCAUAAAAAAAAUACAAAAGGAUUUUUAUACUUUUGUAAAAUGGGAAUUUUUAAUAGAUAUGGAAUUUUCACAAAAAAAAAUUCGAAUAAUAAAUAGAGAAACUUAUGAUCUUAAAAAUUUAUUCUUAUUUUUAAAUAUUACUGAUCCAAAAAAUGAAUUUUAUUUAUUGGAUGAUGAAGAAAUUUAUAACCACCAGUUUUAUGAUGAUAUUGAUGAAAAAUCUCCAUCUGAUACAAGAUAUAAGAACAUGAUUCAUUUAUGUUCUCUACAACGAAGAAAUGAAACUUUAUUACAUUUUGGAUCAUUAUUUGAUAAUAAUCGACUCAACUUGAAAUUGAAUGAUAAUAAGGAAUUUUUGCAAAAUAUUCAAAAUAGUUUAAUAAUUAAUCAUCCAGUAUUGCUUGAAAAAGGAGAAGAAAUUAGUAUACAGUUAGAUUGGACCAAUACAUUAAAAUCUAUUUUAAAUCCAAUAGAUAAUGUUAGUUUAUACGAAUUCCUUGUACCAUUGAUUGAUACUGUUGUAGUAGCAAAAAGCGGUGAAUUUUUUGGUGAAAAAGAAAAUUUAGAUAGUAACUAUAUACAAAGAUUACAUGAUUAUUGGAGAAUUUGUCCGAUAGUCUCUCAAAUACAAAAAAUUCGUCAUCCUUUCUUUUUAAAAACUUCUACGUCUACUACUUUUCUUUCUGGAUUAAAUUCUCAAAGCACUCUUUGGCCUUCACAAAUUCGAUUCAAAGCUUAUGGUAGAGAAUACCAACCGAGUAAUCUUAUAAGAAAACGGAGAAAUGGUUUUUUGGCUAGAUUAAGGCGUAAAUCCGGGAGAAGAAUUUUAGCUCGAAGACGUUUAAAAG